AUGUUUGAAAACGGACCUUGGUGGAUACCACCAGCACUACCCUUAAUCCAAGAUAGUGUGGAUCCUUUAUUCGAUACGGAUGAUGAGUUAGGAGAGCAAGAUGGCCUUGUCAAAGGGACGCUGGGUCAGAUUGCAAAACAACGACUCUCUGUAUUGUUACGUGAAAUUAAAUUUCAACGAGGAACUAUUGCUCGCGCAAUGGCCUUUUCAAUUGAUCAUUCAGAUGCUGCAGCAGAGGUUGUGGAUAUGAUUUGCAAAUCUGUUGUGCUUCCAGAUUCACCACUAUCUGCCAAACUAGCAAGGCUCUACCUUAUUUCAGAUAUUUUACAUAACAGCAGUGUACAUGUAUCCAAUGCCUGGAAGUACAGAAAAGAAUUCGAAUCACAUCUUCCUGUGGUAUUUGAUCAUUUUAAUACAAUUUACAGAUCGGUCAACGCUCGUUUAAAAGCCGAACAAGUGCGAAGACAUAUCAGUGCGGUGAUUAGUGUCUGGGAGAAUUGGAUGAUCUUUCCAAAAUACUAUACCGACCAAUUAUCAGAGAUAUUUCUAAAGAAGGAAAAUGGCAAACAAUCACCUACAAAGGAGUCAAUGGACGGUGAACUACUGGAUAUGGAUGAUGGAGAGCCUUUAGAUAAUAAUGAAGAAAUGGAUGUUGAUGGCGAACCUCUGGAUGAUGUCGAUGGUGAGCCUCUGGAUGAUGUUGAUGGUGAGCCUCUCGACGAUAUAGACGGGGAGCCUUUAGAUGAUAUCGACGGUGAGCCGGUAGAUUUGGAUGGUGAGCCAUUGGAAGAAGAAAUUGUACAAAAAAGAACAGAAACAGAAAGUCUUUAUACUCCAGUAAAUGACAUGUUUUCAUAA